GGCAACCGCCUCUUGCCGGAAGUGACGCGCCGGAAGCGGCAGCGGCGCCAUGAAGCUGCUCACCCACAACCUGCUGAGCUCCCACGUGCCGGGGCUACGGCCCGGGGGCGGAUUCCCCCUGCGGAUCGAGGCCGCCGAGGUUCGGGUCCGCCCGGUGCCGUUCAACGCCGCCUUCGUGUCCCGGUUGGUGCCGCGGCUGCGCUGGGACGCGCUGCGGGAGGCGGCGGAGAGCGUCCCCCCCGAACCCACCCCCGGCUACGAGGCCGACGAGGAAUUCCUGCGCCGCCUCCACCACGUCCUGCUCGAGGUGGAGGUGCUGGAGGGGUCCCUGCAGUGCCCGGACUCGGGGCGGCGCUUCCCCAUCUCCAGGGGGGUCCCAAAUCUGCUGCUGAGCGAGGACGAGGCCUGAAACCCCCCAAAAAUCCCCCCAAAAUGGGGCCGAGCCCCUCCCCCCGAGGAGGGAGCAAAAAAACCCCGAAUUCCCACGGUUUUACCCCAAAAACGGCGCCUGAAUUUCACCCUAAAUGCGCGUUGAGGGGCGUGGUUUGACA